AUGCCGGUACAGCUGACUACAGCCCUGCGUGUGGUGGGCACCAGUCUGUUUGCCCUGGUGGUGCUUGGGGGCAUCCUGGCAGCCUAUGUGACAGGCUACCAGUUUAUCCACACAGAAAAGCACUACCUGUCCUUCGGCCUCUACGGUGCCAUCCUGGGUCUACAUUUGCUCAUCCAGAGCCUGUUUGCCUUCCUGGAGCACCGACGCAUGCGCAGGACAGAGCGCCCACUGAAGGAACGUUCGGUGGCACUCUGCAUUGCUGCCUACCAAGAGGACCCUGAGUACUUGCGCAAGUGCCUGCGUUCAGCUCAGCGCAUCUCCUUUCCAAACCUCAAGGUGGUCAUGGUAGUGGAUGGCAAUCGCCAGGAAGAUGCCUACAUGCUGGACAUCUUCCACGAGGUGCUGGGCGGCACUGAGCAAGCUGGCUUCUUUGUGUGGCGUAGCAAUUUCCAUGAAGCUGGUGAAGGAGAGACAGAGGCCAGCCUGCAGGAAGGCAUGGAGCGCGUGCGAGCCGUGGUGUGGGCCAGCACUUUCUCAUGUAUCAUGCAGAAAUGGGGAGGCAAGCGUGAGGUCAUGUACACAGCCUUCAAGGCCCUUGGCAACUCAGUGGACUACAUCCAGGUGUGUGACUCUGACACUGUGCUGGAUCCAGCCUGCACCGUUGAGAUGCUUCACGUCUUGGAAGAAGAUCCUCAAGUAGGGGGCGUUGGAGGAGAUGUCCAAAUCCUCAACAAGUAUGACUCAUGGAUCUCCUUCCUGAGCAGCGUGAGGUACUGGAUGGCCUUCAACGUGGAGCGGGCCUGCCAGUCCUACUUUGGCUGUGUACAAUGUAUCAGUGGGCCUUUGGGCAUGUACCGAAAUAGCCUCCUUCAGCAGUUCCUGGAGGACUGGUACCAUCAGAAGUUCCUAGGCAGCAAGUGCAGUUUUGGGGAUGAUCGACACCUGACCAAUCGAGUCCUGAGUCUUGGCUACCGGACUAAGUACACAGCACGCUCUAAGUGCCUCACAGAGACCCCCACUAAGUACCUGCGAUGGCUCAACCAGCAGACCCGCUGGAGCAAGUCAUACUUCCGGGAAUGGCUCUAUAAUUCUCUGUGGUUCCAUAAGCACCACCUCUGGAUGACCUAUGAAUCAGUGGUCACAGGCUUCUUCCCAUUCUUCCUCAUUGCCACAGUCAUACAACUUUUCUACCGUGGUCGCAUCUGGAACAUUCUCCUCUUCCUGCUGACGGUGCAGCUGGUGGGCAUUAUCAAGGCUACAUAUGCCUGCUUCCUUCGAGGCAAUGCAGAGAUGAUCUUCAUGUCUCUUUACUCCCUUCUCUAUAUGUCCAGCCUCCUGCCAGCCAAGAUCUUUGCCAUUGCUACCAUCAACAAGUCUGGCUGGGGCACUUCUGGCCGAAAAACCAUUGUAGUGAACUUCAUUGGCCUAAUCCCUGUGUCCAUCUGGGUAGCAGUUCUUCUAGGGGGCCUAGCCUACACAGCUUAUUGUCAGGACUUGUUCAGUGAGACUGAACUAGCCUUCCUAGUCUCUGGGGCCAUCCUGUAUGGCUGCUACUGGGUGGCCCUCCUCAUGCUCUAUCUGGCCAUUAUUGCCCGGAGGUGUGGGAAAAAGCCAGAGCAGUACAGCCUAGCUUUUGCGGAGGUGUGAUAUAACCCCGAGUAAAGUGGGA